CACACUACACAGCAAUCCAAACCAGGCAUCGCUCAUACCUUUGCAGCGUUCCAAUUUAGUCCCGAGCUUUCGCUUCACACUCCGGUCGAGUGCAUAACAAUGGCGAGCGUGAAGGUGUUCGGGUCGCCGAUGUCGGCGGAGGUGGCGCGCGUGCUCAUGUGCCUGUUCGAGAAGGACGUGGAGUUCCAGCUGAUCCGCGUCGACGCCUACCGCGGCCCCAAGCGCAUGCCCCAGUACCUCAAGCUCCAGCCCCUCGGCGAGGCGCUCACCUUCGAGGACGGCAGCCUCACCCUCUCCGAGUCGCGGGGCAUCCUGCGGCACAUCUCGCACAAGUACGCCAUGCAGGGCAACCCGGACCUGAUCGGCACGGGGGCGCUGGAGCGCGCGUCCAUCGAGCAGUGGCUGCAGACCGAGGCGCAGAGCUUCGACGAGCCCAGCGCCCAGAUGGUCUACAGCCUCGCCUUCCUGCCGCCCGCCAUGCCGCAGAAGCUCAACAACGACGACGGCGACGGCAACGGCAACGGCAAUAAUGGCACUAGGGCCGUGGUGAACGCGUCGGCGAAGCGCGUGACGGCGGCGGGGGCGGCCAAGGAGGAGGAGAUGCGGAAGAUGUUCGAGAAGAGCCAGAGGGAGCUGGAGAAGCUGCUGGACAUCUACGAGCAGCGCCUGGAGGAGGCGGAGUACCUGGCCGGCGACAAGUUCACCAUCGCCGACCUGUCGCACCUGCCCAACGCCGACCGCCUCGCCGCCGACCCGCGCUCCCGCCGCAUGUUCCAGCGCCGCAAGAACGUCAGCCGCUGGUGGGACAAGGUCUCGCAGCGGGAGGCCUGGGCGUACGUCAAGAGCCUGCAGCGCCCGCCCACGUCCAACGGCGCCGGCGCCGGCGCCGCUGCCGCGCAGAACCAGCAGCAGCCGCGGUCCGGCGAGGCGCGCGACGGCAGCAGCGACAUCCACAACUACCAGCGCGACCAGUACGCCGACGCGAGCGACGGCGGCAGCAACUACCAGCGCAGCCAGUACGGCGAGCACAGCGACUACCAGCAGAGCCGGACGGGCGACGCGCGGUACUGAUCGACGACGAUCGAGUGCGAGCUUGGACCUGAGACUGCGCUGAUGCAUGCCUCGUUCUGUGUUCCUGUGUCUGAUCCAGUUCGUCGCAAUUUACUUCUUCUGUGGCUGCAGGGGUUUACAAGUGCAAGUCCACUGGCCUGCCUGCACGUAUGUGUGUUUUGUUUGCGCACCGGUUCUGUUUUUUUUUUCCUACCGUUGUUGUUAAUCGUCAUGGCGUCUCCUGGUGUAAUAAAAAGUUUGCCACUUUCUUGAUGAAA